AUGGAUGAAUCUAAUGAUUUUGAACCUCUGGAACCUUCAUUAAAAAAUGUAAUAGAACAAAAAUCCCUCCGUUGGAUAUUUGUGGGAGGAAAAGGUGGCGUAGGAAAAACUACGUGUAGCUGCAGUUUGGCAGUCCAGUUAUCAAAAGUUCGAGAGUCGGUCCUUAUAAUAUCCACAGAUCCGGCUCAUAACAUAUCGGAUGCCUUCGAUCAGAAAUUUUCUAAAGUGCCAACAAAGGUGAAAGGGUUUGAUAAUCUAUUUGCUAUGGAGAUUGAUCCUAAUGUAGGGUUAACAGAAUUGCCCGAAGAAUACUUUGAAGGCGAGACUGAGGCUAUGAGACUUGGAAAAGGUGUGAUGCAGGAGAUCGUUGGAGCGUUCCCCGGUAUUGAUGAAGCCAUGAGCUAUGCAGAGGUGAUGAAGCUUGUCAAAGGUAUGAACUUCAGUGCAGUCGUGUUUGAUACAGCACCCACAGGGCAUACAUUGCGUUUGUUAUCAUUCCCUCAAGUGGUCGAAAAGGGUCUCGGUAAAUUGAUGCGACUAAAAUCAAAGGUGGCUCCGUUCAUCAAUCAAGUGGCAACAUUGUUUGGGCUGGCUGAAUUCAAUUCGGACAUGUUCAGCAACAAACUGGAUGAAAUGUUAUCAGUUAUAACACAAGUUAACACACAGUUCAAAGAUCCAAAUCAAACGACAUUUGUAUGUGUGUGUAUCGCUGAGUUCCUCUCGUUGUAUGAAACUGAAAGACUCGUCCAGGAAUUAACGAGAUGUGGAAUAGAUACACAUAAUAUAAUCGUUAAUCAGUUGCUUCUACGAACAUCAGCACCGUGUGAAUUGUGCGCAGCUAGACAUAAAGUGCAAGAGAAAUAUCUUGAACAAAUAGCAGAUUUAUAUGAAGAUUUCCAUGUAACAAAAUUACCAUUGUUAGACAGGGAGGUACGUGGAGCAGCAGCAGUCCAAUCUUUUUCAGAACACUUAUUAACACCAUAUGUUCCACCAAAUUCCAGUUCUUAA